UAUUGGAUAGUGUAACUAAUGAGGAGGCAAGGAAAGACUUUCCAGCACUGCUAACAACAAGGCUAAAGGAACCUCUCCAAGUCAACAGUGCACUUUAUUUUUGUCCUUACAACACAUAACACCUGAACGAUGUUUUAGAAACAAGGCAUCGGCGCUUAGAGAGAGAAACAAGGCGGACACGGCAGCCUCCCCGGGACGUCAGCUGAAGUUUGCGGCUAGCUCGCUCACGUUAGCCGUGGAGGAGUGAAGACGACAUGGAGCUGGACGACGUCGUCCUCUACCAGGACGACUCUGGCAACUCGACCAUGAUGUCCGAGAGGGUCUCCGGUCUGGCCAGUUCCAUUUACCGGGAGUUUGAAAGGCUAAUCGCGAAGUACGACGAGGACGUCGUGAAGGAGCUGAUGCCUCUGGUUGUUGCCGUGCUGGAGAACUUGGACUCGGUGUUCGCUGUCAACCAGGAGCAUGAAGUGGAGAUCGAGCUGCUGAAGGAGGACAACGAGCAGCUUGUUACACAGUAUGAACGAGAAAAGUCCUUUAGAAAACACGUUGAAGAGAGGUACAUUGCAAUUGAAGACUCCCUGGAUGGCGAGAGAAAGGAGCUUCAGGGUCGAGUGGUGAUGUUGGAGUCGCAUACACGUCAGCUGGAGCUAAAAACGAAAAACUAUGCAGAUCAGAUUGUCAGAUUCGAGGAGAGGGAGGCGGAACUCAAGAAGGAGUACAGCGCCCUUCAUCAUAGACACACUGAGAUGAUCCACAGCUACAUGGAGCACUUGGAGCGAACUAAACACCAGCAUGCAGUGACAAUAGAGCCUGCAGAAUCCACCACCGGCACACCAGCUAAAAUAAGGAAGGAGCGGCCCAUUUCCAUGGCCGUCCUUCAGGUUCCAGGGAUUGACGGCUUGACCUCCGAUGUCCAAAGGGAGCCUGUGGAUGUUCACUCCGACCCUUGGAGAUACAAUAACCUCAGCCAUCCAAGGUCCAACACCAGCAUCAAGGAUGAACUGGCCAAUGCUACUAAUGAAGGGUCCAAAUCCAGCACUUCAACCAGCCAGGCAAACAUCUCAACAUCAAAUGCCAAUGACGCUACACGCUGUCAGAAGGGCACCUUGAAAUCAAACACCACCACGUCCACGCAGAGCAGUGACUCUCAAACGUCCACGCCGCUGUCGCCUCAUGGCACAGCGAGUGGCAGUAUGAGUCCUUUAUCCAAUCAAGUCUGCGCUACACCCGUCCCUUCUGCUGCAUCAGAUGUUGCAAUGCAAUCUGUAGAUACACCUCAGGAACAAGAACGUCUUGGUGGGAACACCAAGAAUCUGGACAGCAAUGGGAAAGACAACCUGGAGAAGUCAUCUGAGGUGUUAGCGAUCAUAGAGUCUACUCCUGAGCUGGAUAUGGACCUUGAUGGCUGCAGAGGAACAAGCACACCAACUAAAGGCGGCAUAGAGAAUCUAGCGUUUGACCGGAACACAGACUCUCUCUUUGAAGAGCUGUCCUCUGCAGGAAAUGACUACAUUGGAGAUGUGGAUGAAGGAGCAGACCUGCUGGGUAUGGGUCGCGAAGUCGAGCAUCUUAUACAAGAGAAUGCACAGCUUCUGGAGACAAAAAAUGCUUUGAACGUGGUGAAGAAUGACCUGAUUGCUCGUGUCGAUGAGCUGACCUGUGAGAAAGUCGUCUUGCAAGGGGAGCUUGAUGCCAUCAGUCAGGCCAAGAUCAAACUAGAGGAGAAGAAUAGAGAUUUAGAGGACGAACUGAAGGGGGUUCGAGCUGCACUUGAGGAGAGCAAGCAAAAAGCUAAAACUGAGAAUGAGGAUGAUAGUGACGUGCCGACAGCACAGAGGAAACGCUUCACCAGGGUGGAAAUGGCCAGAGUCCUGAUGGAGAGGAACCAGUAUAAGGAGAGGCUAAUGGAGCUGCAAGAGGCUGUCCGAUGGACAGAGAUGAUCCGGGCCUCCAAGGAAAACCCAGCUCUUCCGGAGAAGAAGAAAUCCAGCAUCUGGCAGUUUUUCAGCCGUUUGUUCAGUUCGUCGGGCGGCGCGUCGAAGAAGCCUGCCGCCGAGGCCGCCGUCAACGUCAAGUACAACGCACCCACCUCACAGAUACAACCGUCUGUCAAGAAGAGGAGCACCACUUUGCAGCAGCUGCCUAGCGACAAGAGCAAAGCCUUCGAUUUCCUCAACGAGGAGCUGGCAGUUGAAAGCAUCAUGUCCAGGCGAGAACAGAAGCGGGCACAGUACAAGCAGGUUAAAGCCCAUGUCCAGAAAGAGGACGGCAGAGUGCAGGCUUAUGGCUGGAGCUUGCCCAACAAGUACAAACCCAACGGAGGUCAGGAGAAAAUGAAGGACCUUCCUAUUCCUGUCUUCCUUAGACCGCUGGAUGAGAAAGAUGCUUCAAUGAAACUGUGGUGUGCCGCUGGCGUGAACUUGUCGGGAGGUAAAACGAGAGAUGGAGGUUCCAUCGUAGGGGCCAGUGUGUUUUACAGCGAUGCAUCAGGACCAGAGAGCCCCCUAAAGAAAACAGGAUCUCAGAACAGCCUGGAAAAACUGGAUCGAGAACUUGAGGAACAGCAGAAAGAACUCAGACAUCAGGAUGAGUUAUCAUCAUUGGUGUGGAUUUGUACCAGCACCCAGUCCACAACUAAAACCGUUAUCAUUGACGCCAACCAGCCCGGAGUCAUCCUGGAUAGCUUCUUUGUGUGUAACGCUCACGUCCUCUGCAUUGCUAGUGUACCAGGUGCAAGGGAGACAGACUAUCCUGCAGGUGAAGAAGUCAACUUGAGUUCGGAGUCUGCACCGGUGGAAAAGGACAGUUUGUCCGACAGCAGCAGCAGUGCAGCAGGCAGCGACGGCAUGCUAGGGGGCAUUACGGUUGUGGGCUGCACAGCGGCGGGAGCAACGGCGGUCCCUCAGACAGCAGGCGGCGCGUGCAAAGAAAAUGGGGAGACGGGUAAGAGAUUUCAAUUUGUUUUCAUGCAUGCUCACUCCCUUUUGCUCACUGCGUCAAUGGUUCAACUAGAAUCCAGACCGGCAGAGGCCACUGAGGAUAGGAGAAGGUCUGGUGAGGAAGUCUACACCGAACAGGUCUUCACUGAUCCACUGGGAUUUCACCAGACAUCAGACGCCCCCGCCAUGUAUUCUCAAAGGGAGUGUGACCUGGUGAAAGAUGGCGUGAGUUCCAACACCAAAGCAGAAGAACAGGAUCUGAUGAGAGAAGAGGCCCAGAAGAUGAGCAGCGUCCUGCCCACCAUGUGGCUCGGGGCGCAGAAUGGAUGUGUCUAUGUCCACUCGUCUGUGGCACAGUGGAAGAAGUGUCUCCACUCUAUCAAGCUGAAAGACUCCGUUCUGGGCAUUGUACACGUCAAAGGGCGUACCCUGGUCGGCCUCUCUGAUGGCACGUUAGCCAUCUUCCACCGUGGAGUUGAUGGCCAGUGGGAUCUGACUAACUACCAUCUGCUUGACUUGGGGAGACCUCACCACUCCAUCCGAUGCAUGACUGUGGUGCAUGACAAGGUGUGGUGCGGCUACAGGAAUAAGAUCUUCGUGGUGCAGCCCAAAGCCAUGAAGAUAGAGAAGUCCUUUGACGCGCACCCCCGUAAGGAAAGCCAGGUACGCCAGCUGGCCUGGGAUGGCGACGGCAUCUGGGUGUCCAUCAGGCUGGACUCCACUCUCAGGCUUUUCCAUGCCCGCACUUUCCAGCACCUCCAAGACGUGGACAUCGAGCCCUACGUCAGCAAGAUGCUAGGUACCGGGAAACUGGGUUUCUCGUUUGUGCGCAUCACGGCUCUCAUGGUGUCAUGUAAUCGUCUGUGGAUUGGCACCGGGAAUGGCGUCAUCAUUUCGAUACCUCUUGCAGAGACAGCUAACAAGCUAACCAAAGGAGCAGGAAGCCAGCCAGGAAGCUCCGUUUGCAUCUACGGUGACGACAGCGGUGACAAAGUAGCAGCAGGGACAUUUGUUCCAUACUGCUCCAUGGCUUACGCUCAGCUCUGUUUCCAUGGACACCGGGACGCGGUCAAGUUCUUCACCGCCGUACCAGGUCAGACCAUUCCAUCUGUAUCCAGCUGUGGCGAAACAUCAGAGAAGACGUCAGACGCCACAUCUCAGGAAGGAACCAAGUCUGUGUUGGUGAUGAGUGGAGGAGAAGGUUACAUAGACUUCAGGAUGGGGGAUGAGGAAGGCGAUGCGGCCGAGGGGGAGGACCCGCCCAUGAAACUGCAAGCCCCCUUGGCGAUUGCCGAGCGCAGCCACCUCAUAGUCUGGCAAGUCCUGGACAGCAAGUUCUGACCUGUUACCUCUGACUCUGAAUGAGGCCCUCUGCUCAAUCAGCACUUUUGCAACAAUAAGAUGUUUCUUGUGUUUUUAGUUUAAGGCCUGACUUUUUCAGUUCAAACCUUAUUUAUUCAUUCAGCACAUAUAUUGUAUGACAUUCAAGAGAGAGAGCUUGUGCUACACAAAAGGAUAAAUGUCGGGUUUAAUGCGUAAGUAUGGGCAAUAAUGAAAUGAUUACUUUUAUAUUUGAAAGUUUGCUUUUGCAAGACCCCAAAUAUAAUCCAUGUUUUUUCCUCCAGGCAAGACAUGACUGAUUAGUCAGUCAAGUGUGGUAUUGUAUUUUAAAUAUGGACGUCUGCCCCAGUUUGUGCCUUUUCUAAUCAAAGUAGUGAAAGUUUAACGCGCUGUGUUGUGCUGUGCUGAAGACUAGUCGAACCAAAUGAGCGAUAACGAAUGCAUGCAUGGGUCAUUAUUGACUAUCAAUUAUCAACAUCGGAAGAUUGCAGCAGUUUCCAAAUCAGAGAGCUGCAAACUUUGUGCAGCGUACACGGCAAUGCAAUAUUGUUUGUUUUUCUAAUAUUUAAUAUUAACCGCAACUUUAUUGUUUGCCAGCAAACGACACAUCUGAGGUUAAAUAGGAAUUGUAUGCAUUGGAAGCAAAUAAUGUCUCUAAUAGGAUUAUUUUUUAAAUUCAGCAAACAUAUAGUAAAGCUUUUCUUCAUUUGUCGUGUGUUAGCCGUGCUGAGACUUUUAAAAAAAAUUUAAACUGUCGUCUCGACCCUUGCCUUAGCUAUGCCGCUUUCCCACUCUAUAUUUAUUAUUGCCUGGAAAGAAUGUUAAAUGUUUGCUACCAAAGGAUCAACAAUCCAUGUUGGCCAUGCGCUAAAUUUAAUAAGCAUGUCUCAGCAGAACAUGGCGCCUUUCAGUUGCUCUGGAUACAAACUGCUUUUUUUCCUUUUCUAAGGUGUGUAAAUAAGAUGUAUUUUUGGAAAUUAGGCUGAAUAUUUUCAUAGUGUGAGAGAAGACAAAAAGCCUGUUGACUGUUUAGUGGAAUCACACUGCAGCCAUACCAACAUUUAUACUUAGCUUUUACAGCAAUUUCCCAUCUCAAUAUUUCAUUCUAUUCUUGUCUCUUUUUGGAUUGUGCUGUGUGUGUGUGUGUGUGUGUGUUCUCUGCAAGAGAACAGAAUUGUUGUUGCUGUUUAGCCAUUUCAGUAUUUAUUUUAGUGAUUGAGUUUGCAAUUCAGAAUGUAUCUUGGUGCCGUAAAUAUGAAUGAUUAAGUAUGUAUGAAAUAUGACAAUUGCUUGUGUUGAAAUUGUUCUUUUUUUUUGUUUAUUGGUAGGUGAGUGUUGACUUACUACUACUUAGCUAUGCACAAUGUCUCUGCAGGGGGUGCUGUUGUCUCCCUCUUCAAGCAGUUUCAUCUUUAGUAAUAAUGGACGCAAAGUCGAGUAACUUUGCAGGUUCAUUCCACCGAGCACUUUGUAUGGACACUGUUCUCCCGGCUCUGAUCUGCAUAGAAAUGGUCAAAAAGUUGGCAGGGACUGUUCCAAUUCAGCAGGACUCGCAAUACACCAUUGUACUCGGACAUCUCCGGCCUUACUUUAAGUCAAUUAAAUCAUAUUUUGUGCCCGGAACAAAACCGUUUAUG